CGUAUAUAUAUUUUCCAUCUAUUACUCCCAUCCAACAAUAAAGCAUGUUAAAUGAUGACAAACAUCAAACAGCCCAACUCGAAACAGACAAGGCGAUAUGCGCAAUCUGUCUGACACAUUGCGACGAACGAGUAUACCUUUCACCAUGCUUCCAUUCAUUCUGUGCUGCUUGCAUCGCCGCAUGGUUUGACAUUACUUUGAAAUGCCCCCUUUGCAAGACAACGCCGGCCAAGCUGCACUGGGGAGUAAAUACUAGAUUGGGGAUCAUAAAUACCAUUCAAAUCACCACCGAAGAACAUCAAUCACACCCCUCGAACUCACAGCGCACAUCGUCAGCCGCUAGACCGAUGCCCUUUGAUAUUGUUUCAUGGAGGACCGCUCUGAGGAAUGUUGUCAAGAAUGUUACUAACGUUAAGCAACCGACUGGAGGCGAAGAAAGCACUGACGGAUCGAGUUCAAUUACUCUAGAUGGAACAUCAAGCCCCGAAAUAUCAGAAUUGUCCAGCAAGGCUUCACAUAAGAGGAGUAAUGGUACAGACUUGGAGCAACGACGCAAACGACCUCAUUUUUCCUCCGUUACGCGUUCACGUUCACGAUCACGGUCUCGUUCACGAUCCAGGUCUACAACGCCUAUUGAUAGCUAUCACCACGACUAUGAGUCCCCAUUUCUCUACUCUUCAACGUCAUCGCUAGCCCCCACCGACUAUACCGAUCCAGGCAAUAGUCAUGUUAUGCAAGAAGAGUGUGAAUCCUUGGAUCAGGAAACUCCGUGUAGCCCUCCUACUCGAAGAGAGAUUUACAUUAAAGGAAUGGCUCCUUACCCACCCAGUGAAUAUCCACUAGCGGAUCGAAUCCAUGCCUCCGAUAUGGUGCUUUUAUUACCUUUUCUUGAGCGUGAUCUGGCAGUGUUGACGGAUUCGGCUCCAAAGUCAGUUGAUCCCAUCAUCAUGGCUCAUGUCAGCAGUCUUUUACAAAUACAUUCUAGGAAUCAGGCUGACUCGAGAUCGAGCUCCCAAAAGGAUAACAAAUACAUAAGGAAGGCACAUACAUCGGAUUCGAGUCGGUGGCAUCCUAUCAUAAGAGAAAUAUCUCAGUGGGUGACCCUUACUUCAAAUAACUCUGGCACGACAGAGAUGGCUAUGGCUGAACUUUUUGUUCAAGAAAUGCGUCGAGUUGUACAUAAGCGAUGGAAACUUGCUAUAUGGGAUCAUCGUGUCAAAUAUGAAGUUAUAUCGUAAUACGACUCUUUCUGAAAUAGCAUUAAAAACAGCUGCAGCUACAGGUCAUGAAAUG